AUGGCGUCUUCUCGAGGUAGCGCAGACUCUGGCAUGGAGACAGCAGAAGAGGCUUGGGGGAACCUAUUCAGGUCACGCUUCGAACCUUCAGCCGAUAUCGCUCACCAUGCGCCGGCUGUAGAACGCAAGGCCCUCUUACAGUCACUCAAGAUUGAGUUGGACGCCCUCGAGAAGUACAGCCGCCGUGCGAACGGGCUUUGGAACGCGUAUGUGCGCGCGAGCAGCCUCCCCGCGGAGAUACUUGUCAUCAUCUUUGACUUCGUCCGCGCGAGUUGGAAACCGAGCACUUCAUAUAAUCAAUACAACCAUCUAACGUACGACUUGGGCUGGAUCUAUGUCUCUCACGUAUGCAAUCCCUGGCGUCAGGCUGCACUGGGUACUGCGAGCUUGUGGAGCAGGUUUAAUAUCCUCUCUUUGCCUCCUGGCAUGAGGACGGUCUCGAGCGCUCCUUGGGACUACCUCUCGAAGUGUCUAUUCGUCUCGGCCUUUCAAAUCUGCCUCCGAUAA